AUGCGAGCGGCGUUGUGGCUUCUGCGAAAUGGCGAGCGUAUACCCUCGCCAGGAAGUUCGCUGCUGAACCCGCGCAGUCAGCGAUCCAAGUUGCGCAAAAUGAUGACAACACACGCGGCGCAGGAGAAUAACUUCGAACAGCAGGCGUUGUUUGCCGGUUUGGGCGGACCCGCGUCCCCGCCGCUGCCGCGCAGCAAGAAGGAGCGCAGCUCAGCGGCGAUACGCCGCAUCGGGCGGGAAGUGGCGGAGAGAGCGAAACACAUGACGGAUAGCGAGUGGGAGAGCGUUUCCAUGGACGACAAGCACGCCUUCGCGAAGUACAUGAGCCAAACGCUGCGCGAGCAUCCAACGGAGCCGACGGAGCAGCAGCGACGCCGGUACUUUGAGACAACCAUGGUGGACGUGCGUGACUUGGAUCCACAGAAAACAGUACGGGAUGAGUACGAGCGCAUCAAGCUUGGGCUGCCGGUUCAUUUGAAGAAUCCUCAGCAUUCGCUCGGCGUUUCGCAGGCUGUGUAUGACGCAGCCGAUGCUUCCCUCUUCGACGCAGAUAACGUGCACAAGUUGGAGAACGCAAUGACGCACAUUAAACAGGUCUUUGCGGAUUACGUGCGUAAGAAGCGGGAGGGUGUCAGCACGGAGGCUGAGCGGCGACAGCUGGCGAAUAUUACAUCGGAUUUGAAUGUGGAGACGCAAAAACAUCUCGCCAACAUGUUUAAGUAUGCGGAGGCGCGAUUGCGGCAAAUUACGCUGGAUGAAAGGCACCACCAGCUAGCUGAGAUCGAACGAUUGCGUAAACUUGCGUCGCGAAAAAAAAACGGACAACACCAGCAGAAGCAGAAGGGCGGCAAAAAAGCCGCCCGGAUAGAAAAAUUGAAGCGUGUGGUCAGUCGUGCCGUCGGCCUCGAUGUGGACGUUGCAGAGACUGUUCUCACUGAGAUGCGCGCUCAGGAGGACUUUUUGCGCUUCUGUGAAGUGUUUGCACGUCUUACCCAGGGCCGCGGCUUUUUUCACAGUUCCAAGGAUGAGACGCUUACGGCGUAUGUGGAGAACCUACGCAAGCUCUACUCAAUGAACGCUGGUACUCUGAGCACGUUGGAUGUUGUUCAGUACUACGCUUCGAAGGAGGGAGCCCACCCAGUCGAUUGGGCAAAGAGAUGGUACGAAAAGGCCUUACUGCUGCCUCUGCAGAACACUCCAGAGUACAAACAGUUGCAGGAACUACAGGAGCAAGAGCGUGCGGCAUUGGAAGUAAAAGCGCAGCUUUCUGAGACGGGCGAUGCCCUCGCGGGCCAUGCUGAGUCUGAAGCCGCCCGCGCCAAGACACAAAAGGUGGUAAAAAUAGUUCAAAAGAUGUUCAUGGACCCGAGGGAGAAACAAUUGGAGUCAUUACACGAGAGACGCCUGAAGUACUUGGCUCACAUGCAGAUGGAGCGGCAGAUACGGCGCGUGCGAGAGAAUGCAAAACUAUUUGAAGGUGUUGAAGACACCCCGGAGGCGGAGCAGUGCCGCGAGCUGUACGAGAGGAUCAUGCAGCGAAAGAUGGCUUUGUGUGGUUCCAUUCCGAAAGAAACCGACUCCGACCGCGAACAGGGAAUGUUGGACACCGAACCGCGAACUGCUGCUGCUGCUGAUGAGCGUGAGGUUACUUUGUUUAACGUGUACGACGACGCGGAGGCGGCAGAUUUAUUUGAAAAGAUACAUGAAAUCACGAAACAGGUUAUUCAGCAGCGACGUGUGGAGAGUGCGGCGGCGGCGAAGGCGCACAGGCUGCACCGCAUCGUGCGCAGUCUGAAGGGUGGGGAAAAGUCUGUGGCAGAGGAACUGAGAGCUCUGCAGCAGCAGCGCAGAGAGAAGGUCACGCAGCGCCUCCUAGGAAUCAUCGAGAACGAUGUCAAAACAGAGAUGGAAUGGCUGGAGAAUAUGGAGGAGGCGGAGCGGCCCCCGCUGCUGCCCAUCCCAGAGGGCAUGUCGUACGUUUCGGCAGCGGAUGUGCGUGCAUGGCAGGAGACACGUGAGGAUCACGAGCGUAAGGCCGGCAAUCCGUUCGAGCGGCGGCGGCGUACCUUCCAGCCAGAGCUGCUUGGUCAGACGUGGCGGGUACCCGACAGACCACUGCUCUUCUGGGGAACAGGCGUGACUGCCGUGCAGCAGGCACUGCAGCACGCUGCCAAGGACGCGGAGCGAAAGCGACAGGGUGUCCCGCUCGCGCCUCCGUAUCCGUGCCCAGAGAACCCGUGGGGCUGGCGGCUCGCGAAGGACGUUUUGGACGAGGACUAA